GUACCAGUCAGUCUAGUCACACGAGACACCCGUUCUCAUAAAUACACAAAACCCCACAACAUAUUCAAUUUCUACCUAAAAAUAUCAAACCCUUGAAUAAACAACUUAUUAUAAACCUGAAUCACGGAGAUCAAAUUCACUUGUUAAUGGCGGACGCACUCUGAAAAUGAUAUCAAACAGGGAGAUGAUUGAUCACGGAAACAUCAAUGUGUACGGAAAUGAGUUGAAAUUCGAUUACGGAAUGAAUCAGAUGGAGAACGGAGUGAUUCCGAUGCCGAUGUAUGUUCCGUCUGAAUUAACUGAUGCGAUUUCGAAGAAACGAUCUCGUGAUUUGUGCUCGUUUGAUCCGUCGGUUUCUUCGUUUCCGAUCGGUCAGUUUGUGAAUCAAAACGAUAUGAACACGAACAUGAACAAUCAAAAAGCAAUCAUCACGUUUCUCGGUCAGGAUAUCUCCAUGCACAUCUACGAACAACAACUUGAAAUCGAUCGGUUCAUUUCACAACAUACGGAGAAGAUGAGAUCUGAAAUAGAAGCUUCUCGAAGAAGAAUCACGAUGAGAUUACUUGCAGUUGCAGACGAAGGUAUGAAACAAUUAAGAUCUAAAGAAGAUGAAAUCGUUAAAAUCGGAAGAUUAAAUCAAGCGUUAGAACAAAAGGUGAAAUCACUCAACGUAGAUAAUCAAAUCUGGCAACAAAUGGCGCAAACAAACGAAGCAACAGCGAACGUUCUACGACGGAAUCUGCAACAACUUCUAACGGAAAUUCAACAACAGCAACGGAAUCAAUUACACGCCGUUAAAACUGGCGACGUUCAGUCGUGCUGCGGGAGUAAUGAGGAGGAUGGGCGCACGUUAGUGGGAGGUGGUGACGUGGAGGCGUACUGUAAUAAUGGUGGCAGGUGGUGCAGAAAUUGUGGGAAAGAAGAGUUGUGUGUGUUACUGCUGCCGUGCAGGCAUCUGUGUAUCUGUACUGUGUGUGAAUCCUCUAUCAAUGUCUGUCCCAUCUGUAAAUCUACAAAAAAUGCUACAGUGCAUGUUAAUAUGAAUUCAUUUUGAUACAGAUAUUUGUCCUCAUAUUAUUUUUGA